GUCGAUAAUAGCUCGAGACUACACGCCAUACGCGACGCAAAGCCAUCACUGGACAGCGCACGUAGCGGCAUAGCACUGCCUGACAGCCAUCAUCGCGACAAACAAGCAAUUUUGGUUCAAAACGGCUCUCCUGGCGUGAACUGAGAGCAGUGCAAGCAUCUCAGUCCGCAGCACGCCAUCGACGCGCAUCAACACCAAUGGCCGACACCAUGGACAUCCCAAGGGAAGAGGUCCUGUUAGGACGCUGCUGCGAGUGCGGCAUCGGCCUCGAUCCGCGGACGCACCCGACGAUGACGUGCGUCAAUUGCCUGCAGGCGCGCGCGGACAUCGCCGAGGGCGUCUGCCCGAAUGGGCAAUUAUUCAAAUGUAGACGGUGUCAACGGUACUGUGGGGGUGCUACUACCUAUGUGGCCUGCGAGCCGGAAUCCAGGGAACUCAUGGCCAUAUGCCUGAAGCGCGUGAGAGGCUUGAAAAGAGUUAGGGUGGCGGACGCGGCCUGGAUCUGGACGGAACCCCACUCCAUGAGACUGAAAGUUAGAUUGACCAUCCAGAAGGAGGUAGCACCAGGAGCUAUACUACAGAAGCCUUUAGAUUGCGAGUUUGUGGUCCGGAAUCAGCAGUGCACGGACUGCCGCCAGCAGUUCGAGAACUUCGCCUGGACGGCGGCGGUGCAGGUGCGGCAGCGCGUCAGCCACAAGCGGACCUUCUUCUACCUCGAGCAGGCGAUUCUCAAGAAGAACGCGCAGGCGGCUGCGGUCAAGAUCGAACAGUUCCGCGACGGGUUGGACUUCUUCUUCCGCCAGCGUAAUGAUGCGGUGCGCUUCGUGCAGUUCCUGAAGGAUUGUGUCCCGUGCCGCGUCAAGGAGACGAAAAAACUGGUUUCCGCUGGUGCGAUCUCGGCGUCCCGCGGUGCUGCGGCGCCUUCACGCCAUCGACGCGACUCGUGUUCAUCAGACGAGGUCGUGGGUGGUUUCUUUUUCGAGUUUGAGGCCAUUCGGACCGCGUCGCGAGACCGCGAUGCCCCGCGCAGAUCCAAAGUCGAACCUGUUCAACCACCAGUACACGUCUCUGGUUACCUUGGCCGAGGCCUGCAAGGAGGACCUUGUGGUCGUUGACUCUAGAACAGCGUCUCGGCUCGGUUCGUUGCCGCGCUUGCUAUUGGUGCGGUCCGUGAACGCGGUGGUCCGGUUAGUAGAUCCGCAGACGGGUCGCAUCGCGGAAUUGCACACGGAGGGCUACUUCAAGGCGCCGCCGUCCGUUCGUUUCGGUGUCCUUUGUUCUUCUCAUGCGGGGCACCGAGCACGCCGUCGGUGGUCGAUGGCUUGCCGGUCGCCGCCUGCUCGACGCCGCGGUGCGACUACACUCCACCAGCACGCCAUCGCCGCGACUCACCACAAAUCACACAGGUCGCCCUCUCCGCGUCGCAGCUCGAGCCCUUCGUCGUGCUAGACGUCGAACGAGUAGAAACGCCGAAAGUAACACAACCGCCGGAGAAGAAGGCGUCUUCCAAAAAACGAAGAAGGCAGGAGGCGCCGACUGGUCCUCGAGUGAUGAAGGGAUUUCUGGCAGACGUGACGCUCGCGCGGGAGCGCGAUUUAGGUGUCAACGACGACCAGAUCACGUGUAGGACGCAUCUCGGUGCGUUGCUGCGGUGCGGCGACCGCGUGCUGGGCUACGACGUGCGAGCCGCGAACUUAGCGUCGUCCGUCGACGGUCUCGGCGGAAAUGAACCAGAUGUGGUCUUAGUGAGGAAAUGUAGAAAACAGGACCCCGACGGUCCCACACCGAAGCGCCACUGGAAAUUAGAUACGAUGGAAGCGGAUGAAGUUCACGAUGAGGCGGACCAUACGGACGACCGGGAAAUCUUCCUGUCGCAGCUCGAGACGGACCGCGAGAUGCGGUCGCGCGUGAACCUGUAUAAAGAUGGAGAUCACGUAGACGACGACGACGAAGAAGGUGUUAGGUUGGAGGAGCUGCUGGACGAGAUGAAGGUCGAGGACGAGGUCGAGGAGUGUGCCGAGGACUCGGUGCUGGAAGGAGUGGUGGUGCGGGGGUCGGGUAAGUCGUAGGGUUCGUGUA